GUGGCCAUUAGUGCGCGCAGAGACCGAGCGAGUGCAGGAGGAGGGAGGAGCACCCGGGCACAGAUGAGCGCACAAGGAAAAGAACGAGCGAGAGCAGGAGAGAGCUUUUAAGGGAUUUGCCGCUGAUUUGUAGAAUCUCACUGCUGUGAUAUUGCACUUUUUCUGCCCCCCCCCUCACCUCCCUCAACUCCUGCCCCACACUUUUUCCUCGACUCUGCCAUGAUACCCGAGCCUAAAGGCUGAGGAGUCAUUUGGGGUUUGCUGGAUCACAAUUAGACGUUUUUCGGUCUUGUCACUUUGGGCGAGUGAGAUGAUCAAGGAUUUAUUUUGGGUGUGCACAGGAGAGCCUUGCCUCUGAAAUAGAGUCCCACUUUGAAGCGAAUAUGGGUACGAGCACGUGCGAGGGAUAAAAUCUACCCUGGUCCAGAAGGUGGUGAAGAAUGGGCAGGUGUCAAAGGUAGAAGGGGAGGUGCGGCGCUGCAAGUCCCUCUGCCGGCCAGCAUCAUGACAUCGGAAGCCCUCUCAUCCCAUCACGGCAGCUGGCUCGGGAAAUGGUCCCGAGUGCUAUGGAUGCUGUCGCUGGGCACCCUUCCGGGUUUGCGGGCCCAACGGGGCACCCAGCCCCAAUCUCUCAAAAUCGAGGGGGACAUCACCCUCGGGGGGCUGUUCCCCGUCCACUCCCGAGGCCCAGUGGGGGUGCCCUGCGGAGACAUCAAAAGGGAAAAGGGAAUCCACCGUUUGGAAGCCAUGCUGUACGCCCUGGACCAGAUCAACGGCGACCCGGAUCUGCUGCCCAACAUCACGCUGGGAGCCCGAAUACUCGACACCUGCUCCAGAGACACCUACGCCUUGGAGCAAUCGCUCACUUUUGUCCAAGCCCUCAUUCAAAAGGACACGUCGGACGUGCGCUGCUCCAACGGGGAGCCUCCCAUCAUCCCCAAACCGGAGAGGGUGGUGGGCGUCAUCGGGGCCUCCGGCAGCUCCGUGUCCAUCAUGGUGGCCAACGUGCUUCGCCUCUUCUCGAUCCCCCAAAUCAGCUACGCCUCCACUGCGCCGGAGCUGAGCGACAAUAGUCGAUACGAGUUCUUUUCCCGUGUGGUACCUCCUGAUUCUUACCAGGCCCAGGCCAUGGUGGACAUCGUUAAAGCCAUGGGCUGGAACUACGUCUCAACACUAGCGUCAGAAGGCAACUACGGAGAGAGCGGAGUUGAUGCUUUCCUCCAAAUAUCCAGAGAAGCAGGGGGGCUGUGUAUCGCACAGUCCAUAAAAAUUCCUCGAGAGCCCAGACCUGGGGAGUUUGAAAAGAUCAUCAAGAGACUGAUGGAGACGUCGAACGCUCGCGGCGUCAUCAUCUUUGCCAACGAGGACGACAUCAAGCGAGUGUUGCAAGCCGCUAAGAAGGCCAAUCUGACCGGCCACUUUCUAUUUGUUGGCUCCGACAGCUGGGGGGCCAAGAACUCCCCCAUCCAAGACCAGGAGGAGGUGGCGGAGGGCGCCGUCACGAUCUUGCCCAAAAGAGCCUCGAUUGACGGAUUUGACCAGUACUUCACGUCAAGAUCUCUGGAAAACAACAGGAGAAACAUUUGGUUCGCCGAAUUUUGGGAGGACGACUUCAAGUGCAAACUAACACGGCCUGGAAUCAAAUAUGAGACCGACAGAAGAAAAUGUACAGGUGAGGAAAGAAUCAGUCGAGACUCCCAGUACGAACAGGAGGGGAAGGUGCAGUUUGUGAUCGACGCGGUGUACGCCAUGGCGCACGCCUUACACAGCAUGCACAUGGACCUGUGUCCCGGCUCCAUGGGCGUUUGCGACAAGAUGGACCCCGUGGAGGGACGGAUGCUGCUCCAAUACAUUCGCUCGGUCAAUUUCAACGGAAGCGCAGGAACGGGUGUGAUGUUCAACGAGAAUGGAGACGCACCCGGUCGAUAUGACAUCUUCCAGUACCAGCUUUCCAAUGUCAGUAACCCCGGCUAUAAAGACAUCGGCCAAUGGACAAACCACCUCCGACUCAACCCGGAGGAGAUGCAGUGGUCCGGCGGUGAGCGCAAGAUCCCAGAUUCCGUGUGCAGCUUCCCGUGCGAGCCCGGCGAGAGGAAGAAGAUGGUGAAGGGCGUUCCCUGCUGCUGGCACUGUGAGCUCUGCGACGGCUACCAGUAUCUCCUGGACGAGUUCAGCUGUGACAUGUGCCCGUUCGACAUGAGACCCCUGAGAAACCGUACCGGGUGCCGGCCCACGCCCAUCAUCAAGUUGGAGUGGAGUUCUCCCUGGGCCAUCAUCCCCGUCUUCCUGGCCAUCCUGGGCAUCCUGGCCACCACGGGCGUCAUCGGCACUUUCGUCCGCUUCAACGACACGCCGAUCGUCCGAGCCUCCGGCAGGGAGCUCAGCUACGUGCUGCUGACGGGCAUCUUCCUCAUUUACCUGAUCACCUUCCUCAUGAUCGCCGAGCCCAGCGUGGCGGUUUGCGCCUUCCGCAGGCUGCUUCUGGGGCUCGGAAUGUGCAUCAGCUACGCCGCCAUGCUGACCAAAACCAACCGGAUCUACCGCAUCUUUGAACAGGGCAAGAAAUCGGUGACGCCUCCAAAGUUCAUCAGUCCGACCUCUCAGCUCAUCAUCACCUUCAUUCUGAUCUCGGUGCAGGUACUCGGCGUGUUCAUUUGGUUCGGCGUGGUGCCCCCUCACACCACCAUCGACUACGAGGAGCAGAAGCCUCCCAAUCCCGAGUUUGCCCGAGGGGUCCUCAAGUGCGACAUGUCCGAUCUGUCCCUCAUCCUGUGUCUGAGCUACAGCAUCGUUCUGAUGAUCACCUGCACGGUGUACGCCAUCAAGAGCAGAGGAGUUCCCGAGACCUUCAAUGAGGCCAAACCCAUCGGCUUCACCAUGUACACCACCUGCAUCAUCUGGCUGGCCUUUGUACCCAUCUUCUUCGGCACCGCGCAAUCUACUGAGAAGAUGUUUAUCCAGACCACCACUCUGACAGUGUCCAUGAGUCUGAGUGCCACAGUGUCGCUGGGUAUGCUGUACAUCCCCAAAGUCUACGUGAUCAUCUUCCAUCCGGAGCAGAACGUACAGAAGCGAAAGCGUAGCUUCAAAGCCGUGGCGCAGGCAGCCACCGUUUCUACGCACCUGUCACAGAAAUCUAACGACAAACAGAAUGGCGAGUCGAAGAUUGAGCCAGACAGAUCACAGUAAAGGAGACUCAAAUGAGACGAUCAUGACAUCACAAGCGCCCUUACUGACACGAUCAACGAAACGGACGACUAACAAGCGUUUA